GCACUACGCAGACGCAUAUAACUGCGAUUUAUUCAGCUGCCCCGUAUCUCCGCCGCCACUGCUACUCUUCUCCGGCGGUGAUAAUCGCGUAAAAAUAUAAUUGAAUCCGAACCAGAGAAGAGUAAAGAAGAAGACCAUGUGGUACCUAUGCGUGUUCUACCAUAGAUUACUGGACUAUCGAAGACCGGAGGUCGAAUCUCUCGCCCAGCUGUUCGGCGCCUUCGACGACGACCAGAGAAGCGCCGCCUCCGAACAUUCUUUGGAAUGGAGACUUCCUCAGCACUACCAUCCCGACUCGCCUUUCCAUUUCGUCAAUCUCCCUUCCGAAGAGAUCGCUCGCAAUGUCGCAAAUAGAAGUAUCCUCGUAAAGGGAAUCUAUGAACUCUGGGGAGAAGGGAGUAGCCUUGAGGAACUGGAAGAAGCAAUAAAGAAUUAUCCAGAUGAGCGGAAGUUGCCAUACCUGACAUCUGAUAGCACAUUUAAGAUAAUUGUUGACAGCUUUGGGAAGGUUAUCAGCUUCCAAGAGCAAAAUGACCGUAUUCAAGCUCUCUCUUACAUUCCUUUCCAGGGUCGGGUGAAUUUACGAAAUCCAGAUCACAAAUUCUACCUUAUUGAAACUGAUAACUAUGGGUCUAAUAAUGGGCUACCUCCUAUUGUUCAGAGGAGAGUCUUUUUUGGCCGGGAGAUUGGUGCUGCUGAUAGAAAACUUUUGCCUACUUAUCAGUUGAAAAGCCGUACUUAUCUUGGCCCAACAGCCAUGGAUGCAGAAAUGGCAUUCCUGAUGGCCAACCAAGCACAGGUGAAACAUGGGAAACUUGUCUAUGAUCCAUUUGUUGGCACUGGAAGCAUUCUAGUUGCAGCUGCUCAUUAUGGAGCAAUGACAAUGGGUGCAGAUAUUGACAUUCGGGUAGUGCGUGAUGGCCGUGGUCCUGAUUGUAAUGUCUGGAGUAAUUUCAAGCAGUAUGGAUUGCAAAUGCCCGUCGCUUUAUUAAGGGCAGACAAUAACCUUCCUCCUUGGCGCCCAGGGUUGAAAGAGGUAUUUGAUGCAAUAAUAUGUGACCCGCCAUAUGGAGUUAGAGCUGGGGGCCGCAAAUCAGGUGGCAGAAAGCUUUUGAAAGGAGUUGUUGACCCAUAUACUGUUCCAGACGACAAAAGGACAGACCACAUACCAUCUACUGCUUCUUACAGCUUAGUGGAGUGCGUACAUGAUCUGCUUGACCUUGCUGCUAGGAUGCUCGUCAUGGGUGGACGAUUGGUGUAUUUUUUCCCAGUGUUAAGAGAUGAUGAAUCAAUUACUCCUACAUUUCCAGAACACCCUUGUUUCAGAUUGGUUGCCUCCUCUGAGCAGAUACUAAGCUUAAGAUACAGCCGGGUACUGCUUACCAUGGUGAAAACCGGGCCUUAUACUGAAGAUAUCGCAGAGGCAGCAAGAAUCAAACAUUUGGAGUUCAAGGCAAACCAUCUGAAGUGGUUGGAAGAAGGUAAUCUUCAUUCCGCUGUUUUCAGUCCUGCUGACUCGAAGCUUAAUGAGUCGGGUGAAACAAAAGUAAGUAAAGAUUCGAAGCCUAGAUACAGAGGCAAAUAUGUCUAGGUAGGCUGACAUUCCACAGCCCAACUUAAAGUUCACUGGUUUACAGUUUACACCUUUUUGAUUGUCCGCUGCAUGGGUUGCAAUCCUCGCUCCUUAUGAUCUUGUUUCGUUGUUUGACCUAGAUUUCUGGUCGUGUUGUCGUUGUUUGACCUAGAUUUAUGUAGUACUGUUGUUCACUUUUUCUCUUGUAUCCAAAAGAAAAGUUCAAUUUUGUAGUGUAAUAACUAAAAUGUAUUUUCAGUUUGGCUUAGAUAAGCAUACAAAAAAUAUUGCUUGUUUUAGAGCUUAGCCAUUUUUUGCACUGUUUGCCCCUCCCAUCAUCACCAUCUAUCCUCUCCAAAGAUCUGUUCUUCAGUGAUUAUGGGGCUUGUAUUUUGAGUCUCUUUUUUGAUUCAUUAAUGACAAGAAAAAGCAACCA